UCCACGUUCCCGCUUAAUCAAUCCCAGAGAAGUCGAUGCGAUCGACUUCUCUGCGGGGUGUUAUAGCUCCUGCGUCGCCCUCGCUCCUUCCUUUUUGCUGUGUGUGUCAGCCAUGGCCCCGAUUAAGAAGCAGGUGGUCCGGAAGCAGGGUGGGAAGAGGAAGAAGACCAUCCUGAAGUUCACCCUGGACUGCACGCACCCGGUGGAGGAUGGAAUCAUGGACGCUGCCAACUUCGAACAGUUCCUGCAGGAGCGCAUCAAGGUGAACGGCAAAGCCGGGAGCCUCGGCGGCGGGGUCGUGUCCAUCGAAAGGAGCAAGAGUAAAAUCGCAGUGAACUCUGAAGUUCCCUUCUCAAAGAGGUACCUGAAGUAUCUCACCAAGAAAUAUCUGAAAAAGAACAACCUGAGGGACUGGCUGCGGGUCGUGGCCAACACCAAGGAGAGCUACGAGCUGCGCUACUUCCAGAUCAACCAGGACGAGGAGGAGGAGGAAGAUGAAGAUUAAGCUUCACACCAGUUUCAAUAAACUUUCAAAAUAGAGUGGGGAAAAAAA